GUUUCUUGACAAACAGUAAAUGAAAAAUAAUGAACCUCGGGAAAAGCUUUUGAAUUUGGAAUACAAAACGCAAGGGAGUUAAUGUGAUCAGUGAAUGCAUAUCCAAAUCUCCAUGUUCAAUGAGCCUCUUGAGAACUAGCCCUUUGGAUUCCUCAUCCCGGUUCCAAUUAAAAAUGACGAGGUCUAUUAUUUCUUGAAUAGAUCUAAAAUAACAAUACUAUAAGUAGUUUUUUUUACUAAACGUUUUCCAAAUUGUUUCAUCUCUUUCCUAUAAACUUUUCUUGCAUGUAAACGAGUGUUCUUUUGUUUUUUUUUUCUCUCAGGUCUAGACAGGCUCUAAAAUUAUUAGUUUUCAAGCUCUGUCCUGGGCGGUGAUGGCCUAGAAAUCUAGAACUACCAUAAACUCCUCUUUGUCUGAACGGUUCAGAUUGUGUGAAGACAUAAUGGAGCUACCUGGUUAUAACACCAUUCAUCCAUAUCCAAACAUGAACGAAAAUUUCCCUUGUUUGCCUCCUCAAUAUUGUGAAGGCGUUCAAAGUCUUAUAAAUCGGAUAUAACAAAUGAAAACAGAGAAUAAAAGUGGACCCAAAAGGUAUUUGAUGUGAAGCAUUGGAAUCAUAUGUUGUUACCACUUAACGAAUGUACAAGAUUGUAACAGCAGACUUGGGUGACGCCUUUAAAACGCGUCGGACAAAGACUCGCUGAUGACUUUUCCGACCAAACCAACUCCCACUUGAAACUUAAAAACAAAAACUAGUUAAACCCCCUUUGUUUGACUUGGCCACCUUGACUUUUUCCUCAAACCGGUUAUCUACCAUCCUUAACCUAACCGGACUGAAGUCUUUCUGUGGCACAGGAGUCUUCUCCCUUGAUGACCUCUGCGAAGUUUCAACGUGACUAAGACGAUAGAUGCUUCCAUUGGAAUCAUUCACCAGUUUCUUAAAACAUUUUUAAAAGCAGAACUUUGGCAGACACGCUAACGAUUCCCAACGGCCCCUCACCCGCCAAAACAAAACGCAAACGCAGUAGCUGACCUCAAACUUCCUCAAUUAUCUUAAAUAUAAAAACGGCAUUACCUGUUUUUAGAUUUUACCUCCCUCUCUCUAGAUCCUCUCCUAAAAUCCCAAUAUUAUCUCUCCAUUUUAGUUUUUUGGGUGGCUUACCUCUAAUCUCAAAACCACCAUGAGGUUUUGCGUUUUCGGGUUUCUAUCGUUAUUCCUAAUCGUUUCUCCCGUCUCCGCCUGGUUCUUCCCCAACUCCAGCGCCAUUCCACCCUCUCUACGUAACACCACACACGUUUUCUGGGACGCCUUCUCCAAUUUCACCGGCUGCCACCACGGCCAAAACGUGGACGGCCUCUUCCGCAUAAAAAAAUACUUCCAACGUUUUGGUUACAUCCCGGAGACAUAUACAGGCAACUUCACAGAUGAUUUCGACGACAUCUUAAAAAACGCCGUUGAACUUUACCAAAAGAAUUUCCGGUUAAACGUAACCGGAGAGCUCGACGCGUUAACCAUUAAACACAUCGUGGUUCCGCGUUGCGGCAACCCGGACGUGGUCAACGGUACGUCGCUGAUGCACAACGGGAGAAGAAAGACGUUCGAAGUCAACUUCUCCCCAGGAGGCAAGGUACCUCGUUUGCACACGGUCAAACACUACACGCUUUUCCCCGGAGAGCCACGGUGGCCGAGAGACCGCCGCGACUUGACCUACGCUUUCGACCCGAGAAACCCCUUGACCGACGAGGUCAAGGGCGUGUUCGCGCGCGCGUUCGGACGUUGGUCGGAGGUUACGGCUUUAAACUUCACGAACAUCGAGUCUUUCACGACCUCCGACAUCACGAUCGGAUUCUACACCGGCGACCACGGCGACGGGGAGCCUUUCGACGGCGUGUUGGGCACGCUGGCUCACGCUUUCUCGCCUCCGAGCGGGAAGUUCCAUCUCGACGCUGACGAGAACUGGGUUGUCUCCGGAGACCUCGACAGUUUCCUCUCCGUGACGGCGGCGGUUGAUCUUGAGUCGGUGGCGGUUCACGAGAUCGGUCAUCUUCUUGGUUUGGGACAUUCCUCUGUGGAGGAGUCGAUCAUGUAUCCGACGAUCACGACGGGGAAACGUAAAGUUGACUUGACGAGUGAUGACGUGGAAGGGAUCCAGUACUUGUACGGUGCUAAUCCUAAUUUUAACGGCACGUCUCCGCCGGCCGCCACCACUCGGGAACGAGAUACUGGUAGCUUUGGUGCCGCCGCGAGAAUCGACGGUUCAUCGAGUUUAAGUCUUUUCUUAUCAACCGUCGGAUUGUUCUUGUGGAUAUUACCCUAGAUUAAUUAUUUUACUUUUACUUCACUUAUUUAGAUUGAUUUUGUUUUUACCUCAUCUCUUAAUACCUUUUUAUUACAAAAGAUGGGGAUGUAAUACAGUUACACAAAUAUUCAGACAUUGGUUCCUCUAUAGUUUUUCUAUUCACAUAUUUCCGAUCGAUGUUGAUUUUCGUGUGUUAUUGUUUCCUUUGUUUCUGAUUAGUUUUCAUUUACAUAAUAGAAUAGCGUUGAAUUAAGUAAGACAUCACCAAUGACGGCAACUUUGUCGUAACCUUUUUCAGUUUUCAAAUCUGGUUGGAAAAAGAAGAAGCAAAUAAGUUUUAUGCACAAACUUCACUUCGUUACAAUAACGUGAUUUUAUUUGAGGCCCAUGAAAGCCCAAUAAGAUUUUUAAAUCAGUACCGAGCGCCUUCUUGGUCCCACGGCAUUUCAAUUUCCCACAUCGGAUAAAUGGUAGUAACUAGCACAAGAAGUUACCAUAAAUUGAGCUCUCGUUCAACAUAUUGAAAAGCACGCAGCCAUGUGGUGAGCACAAAGCUAACUAUUCUUUCGCCUUUUACUAAAGAAUACCGUGUGCUCUCCAUUUUUAAGUGGCAUACGCCUAUUUUUGGAGGGUCCUGCUUUAGAGUUGGCCCGACAAUAGCUAGUUGAAAUUUUUCAUAGCUGCUACUUCAGUUUCUGUGUAACUUGUUUUGAAAGUGGAGUGAUGAAAGAUGUAGAAGUUCGUUGACAACUUGGUGCAUAAGUUGUUGUAACGUAUCAAAAUGAUGAGUGCUGUGUUAACGGAACAAACCUGAAUCUCUCUGUUUCCGCAUAUCUAUAAUUAAAAAAAUAAAGAAAAUGGUCCAAAGGAUUCUACCCAAGUUUUGCUUGAGCAUGUUCAUCAGCGAUGCAUUCCUAAGAUAAACGUCUAUGAAUGGAUUAUACUUGGUUUGUUGUUGGUUGUUCAAUAGAGUCAACUCCAGCUUUCGGAUUCUAUCUAUACGUUGCUCAUCUGAGGAUGACACUGAACUAUUCGGUGGUUCAAGAUUCUCUUCAACACCAGCCCUAUCAAGUUCAUCAUCACCCUAACGUGUUUCUGCGACAGCUUCGUUGUGCAGCAGCUCUAAGAGUUCCUUGUUCUUCUCGCUUUCCAGAACUAUAAGAGUAGCCUAAUGUCCAUACGAGCGUAACAAACCUGGUUUUCAGACCAGCUUUGAGUCACCAAUUACAAUGACUCUAGUGUAACCUUCCAGCUACGUUGCUUGUAACUACUCCUUGACCUUGAUGCAGUUUACUACAUAUCUGGUUGGAAAAGAAGAAACAAAUAAGUCUAGAUGCAGAAACUUCACUUCAUUACAAUAACAUCACAUAUUUAAGGCCCAACAUGAUUUUUAAAUCAGUACCCGAGCGCAUUUUGGUCUUUCGUGUGCAAGUCCCACAUCGGAUAACCGGGAGUAUGUAGCAGCAGACGUUACAUUAUAUAUACAGCUCACGUUCACCUUUUCAAAAUCACGCAGCCAUGAGGUGAGCACAGAGCGAACUAUUCUUUCGCCUUUUACUAAAGAAUACCGUGUGCUCUCCUCGCUUAAGUGGCAUACGCCUAUUUUUGGAGGGUCCUACUUUCGAGUGGGCCCAUCAACAGCUAGUUAAAUAAAUUACUCUGGUUCUAAUAUAACUGUAGAUCGAUUAUUGUUGUAGUCUUUGAUUACUGCCAUUUUCCUUCAAAAACUUUCGUCUCAGUAAAUCUUUGAUAAAAUCAUAAUGUGUUGACUGGAGAAAUCAUAUAGAAAAAGAAGCGUAGGAACCACGAUGACUUGAAACAAUAAUGAGAAUGGAGCAAAACGGAAUUGCAGUGCGAAGCUCCGUUCAUGCUUGUGUUUUACUUUAUCUUUAUAUAUUCGCCGGAGAAGAAAACUGCAGAAUCGCUAAUAAUCACAAAAGCCCGUUGCUUCACUUUUUCAUAAUGUUCCUUAACGGGCCUAAGUAAAGUCCAUUAAGUUAAAAAUUUAUUCUAUUAAGCCCAUAAGUUAAUAUCUAGUUUGGGUACUUGAGUUUCUGUAAUCAAUAUUCUGCCGUAACCUGAUGCAACACCAUAAAUGCUGCUUGCUUACAUUUAGCAUGCCUGACCAAUAUGGAAUCAUGUAUAUUGGAUUUUAUUGAAAGAUGAAUGAAUAUGUGAGACAGCAUCUUUCAAAGGCCCCAGAUUUUUAUUUUAUGAACUUCAUCAAUAAUUGUUAUAUUAUGUAUUUUUUCCUUCUAUUUCUCACUUUUUAGAAAAAAAUUAUGCGGAUUUGAUUAGUCGUGGCAAAAUCAAAGGAACCAGCUAGACUCAUUCAUUGGAAAAAUUGAGAAUUUUCCAGGGAGAUUUAAAAAAAAAAAUCAGAGAAGAAAAGCUUAAAAUAAGAAUUCAAAUAAUUAUAUCAAAUUUUUGAUCAAAAAGAAAAAGAAUUAUAUCAAAGUUUUAAAAAGUAAAGAAAUAAAAAAGACAGUGCAGAAAAUACAAAAAUGCUAGGCUGUGUGUAGACCCAUUAGAGGGAUGGAGAUUAAGCUUUGUACAUAUUUACGUGUCCAUUUUGUAAUUGGACCAGUUCUUGAUUUGAAGUCAUGAGAUCUCUCUUAAUGGGACCAUCUCCUAAUACAUGUUGGUUCGUUUCACAUGUGUGUCGUUCUGUAUACGUAUUUUAUACUUAAUAUUAUACGGUCUAAUAUGUAUGCACAAUAUAACCUACUUACAUAUUUUCCUUAGAUUUUUCGGUUAACUACGUUAGAAUUCGGUUUUACAUAACACGUACGUAUAUCACCAACCAAUAAUCAGUCUAUAUUAUUAGUAGUAUAAGGAGAGAGAUGUACUAUGUAAGUGUAAAAAGAAAUAAAUGCAACAUGUGAUCAGAACUACAUAUGUUAGUAUAUAGUCAAACAUGCGUAAGACAUUUUACAUUAAAAUUGUCAUAUCAUUGUUAUUUAGUCUUCAUAAAAUUCAGAGUUAGGUUGAGUUGGAGUAGCUAUUGAGUUGGCCUGCUCUGUUGAGUUCGAAAGUCAGUCAAUAUAACCUUCUAUAUAUUUAAUGGUUCCUAUUUCUAUCAUCUUUAUUCUUUAGGCAUUCUAGUAUACUUUUAACGCUAAACAUACUUUUAUAUAAUGUCACAUACAUAUAUUAUAUAGACUGGAAGUAUGAUAUCGUAAUAGGUAUCUACAACUAAGUAAAGGGAUUAUAGAGAUUAUCAUUAAAGAUUAGCCACAAUUUGUCAAGCCGUCAUAGUAAUUAAUUGAUUUUGAUAGAAGAUAAUAAUAAUAGAGCUCUAUGAUAGACCAAACUAAGAAGAGCUUAGUGGGUUGUUAGAUAAGCCGCAACUUAGGCACCAUACCAAUGAUAAAGCAUCGACUACGUGAAGCUUUUAAUGUACAAAUGUACAUUACACAUAUAUAUUACAUUUGCAUAUACAUACAUGAGUUAUCGAUUCGAUUGUACUAAGUACUAACUAUACUAUUCCACUUCUUUAGGUUGAAUAACGCAUGUGAAUGGUGCCACGUUUUCACUCUCACAUUUGAUAAUGUACAAAUUCACAUGUUUCUUGUUUUGGCCCAAUAUAUUACAUAUUUUAAUGUACACAUAGUAAAGUAUAACUAAAUUGGUUAUAACUUGAGAAUAGAUGACAAAAAAAAAACUUGAGAAUAAUUUUUUUGAAUAUCAUAGGGAAUCUUUUUUUGUUGUAAUGUUUUCCUUCUUAUAUGCACGUCCCACUAUUAAUUAUGUGUUGAACCAACUAUUUUCCGUACCAUUUAACCUUUUUUUUUUCUAUAGUUUUUUUUGGUAAUAAAUUAUUUAAGUGUUAAUGUGAUACACAUGAACUGUUAAAAUUGAAUUUUCCUUAGAUUCUAGAGAAAAUAACAUUCUAGUAUAAGCUAUUGAUAUUUUAUUUACGUAUGUAUAUAUGUAUUUAUAAAAAAUCUCAUAUAUGUAUGUAUAUGUAUAUGUGUCAUCACGAGAAUACUCUUUAAAGUCCCUAGAGAAAUAUGUUCGACCACUAAACAUAAAUUAUAUAUUUAUCAUUAAAUUAACCAUGAAAUUAAUUAACAAUCUACAAUUAUUAUUUUUCAUUCUUUCUUUAAAUAAAAGCUACGAAAUUACCAAAAUGAAUAAAAUAUAUAUUUGACAAUUAAAAAUUUUAAUAAUAAAUAUUCGAUAACAAUUUUCAUUAUUUUAAUUUUAUAUUAUUAAAAUAAAUUAAAUAAUUAUAUUAACCAUAUAAUAAAAAUUUUGAUUUUUUCGUAUAUGUUAUAUUUUGAAUUUUUAAAAAUAACUAUAAAUUACGAAAACUGUUAAAAAUCUCACAUUAAAAAAUGUAUGAUCUAAAGUUUAAAUUUUUUGUUAUAAUAAAAUACAAAUGAUCAAAAAAUCAUAUGAGUAAAAAUCACAUUUAACAGAUAUUCAAAUUAGUGUAUACAUAUAUAUAUAUAUAUGGCUUAUUGACAUGAAAUAAUUAUGGUUGAACGUGCAAAGUUAGUAUUCAAAAAUUAUUAGAACAUACAUAUCAUGUAUCAUUCCGUGUACGUGCACGGAUAAUCACCUAGUUGAUAUAAUAUUUUACAAUACUACGAAGUAGCUAAUGAUCGUGAAAACAUUAAAAUUGAAUUUUCCUAUAGUUUUUUUUUCUAUAGUUUUUUUUGGUAAUAAAUUAUUUAAGUGUUAAUGUGAUACACAUGAACUAUUAAAAUUGAAUUUUCCUUAGAUUCUAGAGAAAAUAACAUUCUAGUAUAAGCUAUUGAUAUUUUAUUUACGUAUGUAUAUAUGUAUUUAUAAAAAAUCUCAUAUAUGCAUGUAUAUGUAUAUGUGUCAUCACUAGAAUACUCUUUAAAGUCCCUAGAGAAAUAUGUUCGACCACUAAACAUAAAUUAUAUAUUUAUCAUUAAACUAACCAUGAAAUUAAUUAACAAUCUACAAUUAUUAUUUUUCAUUCUUUCUUUAAAUAAAAGCUACGAAAUUACCAAAAUGAAUAAAAUAUAUAUUUGACAAUUAAAAAUUUUAAUAAUAAAUAUUCGAUAACAAUUUUCAUUAUUUUAAUUUUAUAUUAUUAAAAUAAAUUAAAUAAUUAUAUUAACCAUAUAAUAAAAAUUUUGAUUUUUUCGUAGUACAUAUUAUAUUUUGAAUUUUUAAAAAUAACUAUAAAUUACGAAAACUGUUAAAAAUCUCACAUUAAAAAAUGUAUGAUCUAAAGUUUAAAUUUUUUGUUAUAAUAAAAUACAAAUGAUCAAAAAAUCAUAUGAGUAAAAAUCACAUUUAACAGAUAUUCAAAUUAGUGUAUACAUAUAUAUAUAUAUGGCUUAUGACAUGAAAUAAUUAUGGUUGAACGUGCAAAGUUAGUAUUCAAAAAUUAUUAGAACAUACAUAUCAUGUAUCAUUCCGUGUACGUGCGCGGAUAAUCAACUAGUUGAUAUAAUAUUUUACAAUACUACGAAGUAGCUAAUGAUCGUGAAAACAUCUUUCUUACGAGAAUAAUGAAAUGUAUCUGAAUUUGAUCGGAGCCUAUAUGCCACUACACUAGAAAGAUAUAUAAAGAGGUAUUAUUUUUAUUUUAUUUUGAAUUGAGAAAUAUAGGUUAUUAAAAAGAAGAAAUGGUGGUAUAUAGAGUACUGUAUAAGUCAUAAUCUGCCAACGCCGGCCGAAGUCCAAAAAGAUAUAUAAAGAUGAAGAAGGGUCCCUUUGAACACUUCUUGUGUGCAAAAUCUCGAUGGCAACUUGUACCAGAUUUAUAACGUCUUUCAAAAUUAGUUAAGUUAGCGUAUUAUAAACUAUUUAAUCGAGAUAUUUUAAAGGUCUUCUUUUGGGGGGGGGGGGGGGGGGGGGGGGGGGGGGUUAAAAAGACUUGUAUGUUCUAACCAUACAAGUUUCAGUCGACUCGACCGAGGCAAUGAAUUUUGGUCCUAUUUCGAAGAGAAGUAACAGACUAACAGUAGAGAACCAGACAAUUUUGUUUACUGUAAGCUAUUUUGCUGAGCAUAUAUAUCCUGUUUGUAAUGUCAUGAAAAUUAUACUUUUUUAAUGAUCAACAAAAUUAAAUCAAAUUAGUAUCAUAGCACUUUGUACCAGAUGUUUUUUUACAGUAUAAAAUAUUGAAAUUUGAAAACUAUACUGAGUUAUUGACACUAAAUACUUCAACAAAACAACAGAAAACAAAAGGAAUACUUCAGCGAAAAAUGAAAUGGACACUGGAUGCGAUCGAAAUCAAAAACAAUAUUUAUAACUGUAUCUACAGUGUUCUGAAAAGUGUCACUAUACAUCUAUGAUCUAUCAUCUUGCAAAUGUUUGCGAGUAUGCAUAGAGACUAGAGAGGUUAGAGAAAGUUAAAAAGAUCUUAAAUUCAUGUUGCUAUUUAGUAAUAAUUGGAGUAUGGAGCUCGAGUAACAAGUCAAUAAAAGAUUAGUGCAAAAUCAUUUUGGGCGUCAUUAUCAUUCCAUUGAAAUUGAUCGCUACAAUUAUCUGAAUUCACUUAUUUGUCAAAGUUUGUGGUUGUUCGUUUUCUUGUUUCUUCCUUUAAAAGUAAAUUUGAGAAAUGUUUCUCAAGAUCAAUUUAAUGUAGCGACUGAUAAGCAAAUCAAACAUUUAUAGUUUUUUUAAAAAAUAUAAAAUCAAACAUAUGUAGUUGAAAAUGGCUCGAUCCAUCUCGUCAAAUGUCCAUUAUUUUCUACUAACUCAACAUCGACUCAUGCUCAUCGAUCAAUGAUUAUUUUAUAUGACAAGAGGUCUGCGUAUUUAAUUUAAUCUAUCAACAUCAUUAUCACGCAAGAGAUAUGGACGGGUAGAUUUAUACGUAUCAAUAAGGUCCGAGUUGACCAUGCUACAGAAAGAAAACUAAUGCGACGAUGAUAGUAUAAGAUCAUGUCUAGUGCAGAACAUAACAUAUACGAAUCUGAAAUAAUCAUUCAACGACGAUUGUUGACUAUAAGACAAUGGCUCCCAUGAAUCGUAUUGUUGUUCUUUGAGAAAUUAAGGCAUUAACCAAAUUGACUAGCCCUACCACGAGAAUUUAAUGUCAGUCUGAUAAAUUGUUGUAGGUUGGAAGGUGCAUAAUUUCACUCCUUUUCAUCUUCAGUUUUUGGCCUCGUUAUUGUUAAAUAUUGUCGACUAUAAUAGAGAACAAACAAGUAGAACAAACCGAGCCAUAACAGAUAAAUA